AUGCUCAGGUGGAAGACGAUAUGCUGUAAGCUAUAAGCAGGGGCUAGUUUUACAACUGCGUGCAUGCAGAGAACUCCUGAAAAACUGUUAGGACUAGCAUCAGCAUACGCUGAACGCCAAAUAUUCCAUCACUUUGCCAAUGGCCACUAUCCAGAUGCAGGGAUUUUUAUUUUUUCUGAUAAAUGUUUGAGAAAAAAUCCUAUCAAUGACUCUCAACUUGAUAAAUACUGCAAAGAUAAAAUAUCAGCAUUACAAGAAAUGGCAAAUCCUACAUUUAGGGAUGCAAUAAAGUCUCAUUUAUCAAGCAUUGAUGCAAGUAUCAGCAAAAUGGUAAAAAAUAAUCAGCUAAAAAUUGACAUCAAAGCUACCGAUAUUGUCACCAAAUUUUUUGACGCAUAUGGAACUAAACACAUCCACGCUUCCGCCAUGCUACUUAUGGCCCAAGCUCUCGGAGAAAUCUCCACAAAGCAAAUUAUAUUUACCCAAGCUAUUGAACUGGCACAUUUCGGCAGCUCAAUCCACAGCAAAAUAAUGGACACAUCAACUGAAGCCAGCUGGCUUCACAUGUUUUUAGGUGACAACGGCAUGAUUUUAGGUGGCGACUACAUGAUUUCUAAUGCGUAAUUUUUAUUCAGCUCAAUCCAAUGCUGCAGAAUCAAUAGUUUGCCUUUAAUCCAGCUUCUCUGCUUGAUUAUUCAGAAUAUUUCAAAAGGGUCUAUAUUAUCGUUAAAAGGAGAAACCGUUUCCCAAGCUCUGAUUAAUUAUUGUGCACUGUGCUUUUAUAAGACAGCCAGUAUUAUGGCUAAUGGGUGCCAAGGAAUUGCGUAUUUAGGGAAUAGUGAUAUGAAAAGAAGCUAUGAUUAUGGAAAACAUCUAGGGAUGGCCCUUGGAGUGGUUGGGGACAUUAAGGACUAUUUAAAUGGAAAAAUUAGGUAUAAUUCGUUCCCUGUGCUAUUUGCAGCUGGCGCACAUACCAAUAUAUCUGAACUUAUAGAGAAUAAACAAGAAAAUUUAGUCAAAGAGCUGGUAGCUGAUGCAAAUGGGGUUGGAUGGGCGAAAAAGUUAGCUAUUCAUCAUAUUGAGGCUGCAAUCGAAACCGCAAAGCUAUUUGAAGAUCCUAAAGAUCUUGUGUCACUAACAGCAAGUAUUGCAAAUAGUCUUUAA